CCUGAUUAUGUAUAAGAAUGUAAAAGAUAAAAAUAAAUGAAAAGGACUUUUUUAAAGACAAUCGUAGUUGAAAGUUGAAUUUAUUAUUUCCUACAUGACUAAUACAAAAGUAAAUAAGUGAUAAAUAUUUCCUCAAUAAAAUUAUAAAAACUGUGUUUGAUAACAAUGAACGUGGUAACAUUUAUGAUGAUGAUUAUUGGAGGAAUAGACUGCUUCAAUAUUGAUACAAACAAUAUAGUUAAUAUUCUGGGACCAGAAGGAACACAUUUUGGAUAUUCUGCUGUAAUGUUUAGCAAUGAGGACGGUCAGAAAUGGGUUGUAACAGGAGCUAUAAAGGCAAACUUUACAAACGACCAAAAUAUAAAGACACCAGGCAAUAUAUAUAAGUGUAAACUGAACUUCACUCAAUCCACACAAGACACGUGUGAACCAAUGAACAUCAAAACUACUGAUAAAAUAAGAUGGCCCAGCCUUCCUGGGUACGAGGAAGAUAACGAAUUACUUGGAGCUGCAAUGUCUAUUUUUGAUGACACCAUAAUUACUUGUGCUCCUCUCUGGAAGAAUAUGAUUCCUCUGGCAAACGUUAAGUUUGUCCAUCCUAUUGGAAGGUGCUUUAACAUAGAUAGAAAUUUGCAAUCCUUUACAACGAAACAAUUUAAAAACAGCUUCUUCGAUGCCAAAUACACAGAUAAAGAUUCAAAUCAAUUAAAUUUCGAAGUUGCUCAGAUAGGAUUUUCAAUAUCUAACAAAAAGUAUGAAGAUUCAUUGUUAAACAUACUAAUAGGAGCUCCAGGAUUCUUUGAAAAUAAAGGUGGCUUUUUACAGUAUACUGGUAAUAAAACGAUUGAGAAGUUUUUUGAUAGCUUCACCCAAUAUGAAUUUGCCCAGGAAGCCCAGAAGCAAGGUCUACAGCAGGGGAGCUUAAUGGGUUACUCUGUGAGCACAGGACAGCUUUCAGAUUCAGAAUCUGAUGCAGAUUGCCCAAGAGUUAUUGUAUUAGGUUCCCCACACUCUAUAUGGGAAAAUGGAAUAGUAGGGGCAGUUUUUGUUUUUUGUUUAAAACUGACCGACAAGAAGUUACAUUUGAAGAAACAGUUUACAGGUGAAAAGUCUGGAAGUGGAUUUGGUAGUUCUAUUGCCUUUGAAGAUAUUAAUGGUGAUGGAUUAGAUGAUUUACUUAUCGGAGCACCUCUUCAAUAUAGUGAUGUACUAGAUUCAGGCGUUGUCUACAUAUACUAUGGGGACACAGAUAAAGACAAACUACUCAGUGUGAGUGGACAAAAAUUACAAGGAAUGUCGAAAUGGGGACGAUUUGGUACAGCAUUGCAGUGUAUAGGAGAUAUAAAUAAAGAUGGAUAUAAGGAUGUAGCCAUUGGUGCACCAUAUGAGGAGAGCAAUAAAGGAGCUAUUUAUAUCUACCACGGUGGUUAUACCAAACUAACAUUCACACAGAAAAUUAAAGCUCAAGAUAUAAGUAGUAACCUACUGUCGUUUGGUUGGUACAUUUCUACUGCUUAUGACAUCGACAAUAACAAUUACCAAGAUAUUCUAGUUGGAUCCUACAUGUCUAAUACUGUAAAUGUAUUAAGAGGCAGACCUAUUAUAAAGCUUAAUAACACCAUUGAAGUUUUUCCAUCUGAUAUACCUCUGAACUCUUCUGAACUGAAAUGUCGAGACAAAUUAUACAAACCAUGUGUGACUGUUAGACUGUGCUUUUCCUACUCUGGAGAUUCAGUUCCAGAUUCAAUUUUGGUUGAUUAUAAUCUAAGCUCGGAUAUUCGAAGAACUUUGUCAACACCAAGUAAACCAACUCGGGUUCAUCUUUCAUCAGAAACAGAAGAGUUUGGAAGUGGUAACUUAGAAGGAAAAAGAUUUCAAGUUAGAAAAUUGUCAGAAUCAUGUACGGAGUACUACGCUAUUGUGAUGGCAGUUGACAGACAGUUUUUUGCAUCACUUGAAGAAGAAUUGGUUAUGGAAACAACGUACAGACUUAGCGAUACACCACUACUGGGAGAAGUUCAACCUAUACUGGACAAUGCUCUUACAAUCAACAGAGACUCUGCUAACUUUUCAACGGGUUGUAAUGGAACAUGUCAUCCUGAUCUGCGGAUUGAAGCCACAUUAGAUCCACAAGAAAUUAUACUAGGGGUAACUUCUGAAGUAGAUGUUACCGUUAAAGUCACUAACAAAGGGGAUCAGUCACAUGGGACUCAGAUAAAUAUUGAUAUAUCUAACAAUACCAGAUAUAUUGGAUUCAGCCAGCCGACAAAUGAAGUUACAGAGCCUGUAGACUGUAGAAACAUUGCUGACGAAAACAAUGAGACACAUGUUCAGUGUGAUCUCAGAAAUACAUUAUUUCAGCAGCAAAUCGUCAUCUUCAAUGCUCGCUUUACAGUGUCACGUGACUUGUUGAUUAAAGAUGGAGAAAAUCUUGGUAAUUUUGAACAGAAGCUAGUCUUCAACACAUUAGUAGAAGCCACCAGUGCCGAUAUGGAUAUAUCGGACAAUUCUUGGAAACUCAUUGCAAGUGUGAAAUUACAUGUCAGUGUACAACUAAAUGGAAUAUCAAGACCAGAUCAGUUAACUAUCUCAGAGAACGAAAUAGUUAAUUUCGUUCAUACCUAUGAUGUAAAGAAUGAUGGUCCUAGCCCGCUGUAUAAUGGAUCUUUAGAAAUCUGUUUACCUGUUAUAUCAGAUGUAGAGAUAAGUAUGAUGACAAAAGAAAUGAUACAGAUAUCAGGACAAAGUUCGAGGAUUACAUGGAGUGUGGUUGAAUUUGCCGGCGAAAAAUUUAAUGGACAUGAUAAUAGUAAUUUCACAACAUCUGAACCCUUUACAAAUCAAGUAUCAACUAUAUCGUCUACUAGUAAUACAACACAACAAUCAACACACAGUCGAAGGCGUAGAGAAACUAAUCAGAUGCUCAGCCAAGAACAACAAUCAAAACGAACAAUUAAGGAAAUUUCAUGUAACACAGUGGAUUCGAGUAAAUGGGCGAUCAUUGAAAUAAAGAUUGAUUUGUUAGAGAAAGACGAGACGGAAGCCUUUGAUGUUUUUGUGAAUAUAUCAGAAGAUUCACUAAGUUUUACAAAGGUGUCUGGUAUAGUUUAUAAAAGUAUAGCUACACUAAAGAGCGAGAACAAUAACAGACAACUCAUCGUCGCUACCAAUUCUUCGAGUAUAGAAGUUCCAAGUGAAAUAUUUCCUACAGAAGUUACAGUAGAGUCAGAAAAAAUCAAUUUAUGGAUUAUAAUUGGUAGCAGUGUUGGUGGAUUGGUCCUGCUUGUUUUACUGGGUGUAGGUCUAUGGAAGUGUGGCUUUUUCAAACGACAAAAGAAAGAAGAGGUUAAAGAAUGGAAACGUAAAAGUAAUUAUUAUGAAAAAAGAAAAACUGAGAGAAUUUCAAAAGCAAACUUUAGAGCAUCACAAGCAGCAGCUUUAAAGAACAAGAAAAAGAAAAAAGUCACUGAAUGAUAUAACUGUCUAUACACUGAUUUAAAUAAUACUAUCUUGUUAUCACAAUAAUAUCACUGACUAUACGCUGAUGUCAAUAAUAAUAUGUUAUCAUCACAAUAAUGUCACUGACUAUACGCUGAUAUAAAUAAUACUAUCUUGUCAUCACAAUAAUGUCACUGAAUUUACGCUGAUGUAAAUAAUACUAUCUUGUCAUCACAAUAAUGGUCACUGUAGUGGAUUGACAAUUCAAGAAAAAGCUGCUUAUUCUAAGAGUUUAAUGGACCGCCAUACCUCACGGCUGAAAAUCAACAUGAUGAUAGAGUAAACAUUAUACUAUCAUUUUAGCCCUGUCGUAGAUUUUUCCCACGGUGCAGUUUUUUGUAAUAUCUCGGUAAAGCGUGAUUUUCCGAUUUUUUUCUUUUUCAUUAUCAAACACGGGAAUGCUUAUAAUCAAUUCCUGAAUGAAGAUAUCAGCAAAUAUUUGUUAUAAAACGAAAGAGUAAUGUAUCAGCUUUUAUUUAGUAUCAAACUUGAAUAUCAUAUGAAAAUACAUAUGGAGUGAAUUUGAAGGAUUUCAAUUGCAUGUGACAUUUUUUUCAAUCUUACCGUCUGUCAAAGUAUAUUAAAUUUCUUACAUACAUUUCCCGUAGUUGAUUUUGACCAAAAAAUGUGGAACAAGCAAUACUUCAGAAGUUUUAAUAUAUCAAAGUUUGACAGAACAUACACAUCAACUAUUGCAAACCUUUUUAGCUCACCAGGCCCGAAUAGCCCCAUGUGAGCUUAUGCCAUCACUUGGCGUCCGUCGUAGUCCGUCGUCUGUCGUCGUCAUAAACUAUUUCAAGAAUCUUCUCCUCUGAAACAACAAGGCCAAAUACCUUCAAACUUUAACUGAAUGUUCCUUAGGGUAUCUAGUUCAUAAAUUGUAUCCGAAGUUUUGAUCCAUCAACAAACAUGGCCGCCAUGGCUAAAAAUAGAAAAUAGGGGACAAAUACAGUUUUUGGCUUAUAUAUCAAAAACUACAGCAGUUAGAGCAAAAGUGACAGGAGUUAAAGUGAUAAUUGGGUCAUGAUCUAUCUACUAUGAAAUUUUCAGACAAGUUCGACAGCCCAUUGUUGGGUUACUGUUGGAAAUGGUUUAUUUUUAUUAAAUUUUACUGUUUUUGGUUAUUUUAUUUAAUAUUAUAAUAGAUAGAGAGAAAGUAUAAAUGGCAAUAAAUGUUCAGCUAAGUAAGAUCUCCAAAUAAGUCAACAUUAUCAAAAUAGUCAAUUCACCCCUUAAGGAGUUAUUGCCUUUAAAACGUUUUUUUUUACAUUUUUUGUGAAAGUCUAAUUACUUUUUCAAAAAUCUUCUCUGAAACUACUUGGUCAAAUACUUAAAAAUUUUAAUGGAAUGUUCCUUAGGGUAUCUAGUUUUAGAUAGUAUUCGGGGAUUUGAUCCAUUCAAAAAGAUGGCGGCAGUUUCUAAAAAUAGAACAUAGGGGUCAAAUAAAGAUUUUGGCUUUCAUCUCAAAAACUAAAGCAGUAAGAGCAAAACUGACAUAGGCGAAAGUGUUAAGGUUUAGAUCUACCUUUCAAGUAAUCUUCAGACCAAUAGGACAACUUAUUGUUUGGUAACUGUCCAGAAAUAGUUAAUUUUUAGGAAAUUUUACAGUUUUGGGUUAUGUUUUAUCUUUAAUAUUAUUAUAGAAAGAGAGAAAGUGUAAAUGACAAAAUUGUUCAGGAAAGUAAGAUCUACAAAUUAGUCAAAUGCCUGAAACUGAAAUUACAGGUGAGCGAUAUCAGGCUCUCAUGAGCCUCUUGUGACAAUACUCAUCAUAUAGCAGUUUUACUAUUCAAUAUUCACCUCAAUAAGUCAUAUCGCGCUCCCUUUUCCUAUUUUCCCCUGACUUUUAAAUUGCUGUGUUUUUUGUAAUGAAUUAAAUGUGCAUUUUCUUAUUUUUUGUAAAUAAAAAUAUAGAUUUGAA